AUGAAUUACAUUACCAGCCGUCGAUUGGGUGCUCUGAUGCUUGUCACUAUUCCUGCAUUCCUGGGAAUUACGUCUGCUGUCCCAACUUCAUCUGCAUCCACUACGGUAGCAUCGUCGUCAACAACCGGGCUACCCACUACCGCCGCCUAUUUUGUCGAUGGAACUACCACUACCUUCGCACACACGACACUCACGGCAACUGGUACGAAUGAGGGAGUGAUCAUCGUGAAAGAAACAGGUGUUGCAUAUGUUUCUGAUUGCACUUUAAUCAAAAGUGGAAACACGACAGCUGAAGAAGAUAGCUCAUUCACGGACCUGAAUGCUGCCGUCGGGAUAGAGACAAAUGGCACUAUAUACAUCACCAACAGCAAGAUAAUUACCAACGGGCUUGGCGCAAAUGGACUUCACACGUAUGAAGAUGGAUCAACCGCUUAUCUUUCCGACGUCCAUAUCCACGCUGAAGGAGACUACUCUCACGGAGUUUACACGGGCGGAGGUACUAUCUACGGAAAAGACCUCAUAGUCAACACAUAUGACGGCCAUGGAAGUGCCAUUGCCACCGAUCAGGGCGGAGGCUUGAUUGAAGUCAAAGACAGCGUUGCCAAUACAUACGGAGCUUUAUCCGCUCUUGUUUACUCGACUGGAAAUAUCACCGCAACCUCAUUGUCCGGUGUUUCUGACAUUGCCCCUGUUGCCUGUAUCGAUGGAUCCAACUCAUUUACUCUGAAUAAUCCAUCUGUUACAUCUGGCACUCAGAACAAUGGGGUAUUCCAGGUUGUGAGCACGGUGUCAAGUAAUGGGACUAUUGACACAGCCUACGCAUAUGUCACUGGUGGUUCUGUUGCGGAGACAAAUGGGACAUACGGUAUUCUGUUUGUGGCAAACAUUCAAGCAUAUGUAUAUUUCACGGCCGUGGAUAUCACUUCAAAGUCAGGCAUAUUGGCGAAUAUCACUGCGGAUGACGAGUUUGGAACAUCAGGCGUUAACGGAGGAACCGUGAACCUGUUCCUGACUGAUUUAAAUAUCUCGGGUGAUAUCUAUGUCGAUGAUGUAAGUGAGGCCAAUGUAUAUUUGGUUGGAUCGCAAUGGAGUGGAGCUAUCAAUCCUUUGAACAGUACGGGAACGGUUUCUGUCCAUGUGGAUGCGGAUAGCACGUGGACUCUGACUGGUGACUCCAAUGUGGGCACGAUUGGCAUGAAAGGCAAGGGUUCAAACAUUCACUGUGGCCAAUAUGAUCUGAGCUACGAUCGUAAGGUGAGAGGCUGA